GCGGCCUCCCAGCGACCCCCGCCGCCCGCCCGUCGCCGCCGCCCUUGGCCCGCCCCUCCAUGCCCACCGCGCAGCCUGCUCCACACACUGUACGCCCUGCCACGCCCCCAGAAGCGCCCCGUCCGAGUAGUCGGUGCAGUCGCUCGCCAGCCUGCCGACGCGCUGCUCCACGCAGGUCUCGAGGCACACUUGCUCUGACCACGGUCUGACAUACGCCUGCACAUGCUCCCAGCCUCUGCCCACGCCCGUCACGAUACCCCAAAAUACGCCCGUCCCGUCCUCCAUGCCCGCACGUCCCCACCCGCACCCUGUCCUAGACCGCCCACCCAGCUCCGUGUCCCGCUCUGCACGCCCACCUACCCUACAGCCCCCUCUAUUCACGCCUCUUCACUCGUAGAUCCGCCCUAUACCCAGCCCUCCGCGGCACCCUGCCCACCCACGCCCGCCCCGGGCGUGUCCGACACCCUCUCCGCAUGCAUACAACUGGCCUCUGCGCCUGCGCGACCCUCCGACCCACAGCGCACGCGCGCUCCCAGCCACCCCCGCCCUCCGAUGGCGAGCACCAUUGACGCCCGAGCGGACCCUCCGAGGCCGCGGCGAAGGUCCGCAAUACGCGCACGGAACAUCAGCGCGACGCUCGGCCUGCUUGCGUUGAGCCUCACCUGUGCGCAGGGACCCCUCCCGGCCUCUGCGGCGUGCAUCCAGACCGCGAGCGCAAGGGAUAUCAAUGCCUGCGUACGUCUCCUCCCUGUCAAGGUAAUCGACUCGCCGCAGCUGCAUCCCCUCAUGGCGCGGCAAGACCAGGCCGGUGCCGGCGCGUCGACGACAAGUGCACAGGGAUCCUCGUCCAGCUCCGACUCGAACACCGCCAGCUCGUCCUCCCCGGCUGCGACCACGUCGGACUCCCCUUCGCCCUCGCCCUCGACGUCCGCCUCUGCCCCGCCCUCGACGCCCGACUCCAGCUCAGCCACCACAUCCGAUUUGGGGUCCACCCGAAGCUCGCAGAGCAGAGGAGACUCGCAACCAGCGCCAGGCAGCACACAGUCCACGUCCCUGUCCUUUCCCAUAGGCACCUCCGUCCCAACCAGCAUCAGCGUGAGCACGCCCUCGGUUCCGUUAUCGCAGUCGCAGAGUACCGAGAGGAGUUCCGCUCCCCAGUCCAGCGGCGAUGGUUCUACGAGUGCUUCGAGCGACUCGAGGUCGCGGAGCGUGUCGGACUCGCGUUCGUCGUCGAACGCGUGGUUCUCGCUGUCCUUCAGUCGUUCCGACUCCACGUCCGUCGGACGCUCGACCUCCGCUUCAACGCGCUCCCAGUCGACGUCGGCGUCCCAGUCGGCCUCGUCUGCAUCGUCUUCGCGGCCCAGCUCCAGUUCCAGUUCCAGUUCCAGUUUCAGGUCCAGUUCCAGUUCCAGUUCCAAGUCUUCAAGCAGCGCGUCGAGGAGCGCGAGCACGUCUAGGUGAGUGUAUGACAGAUCGUUGCGUGGGUGCCCGCGCCCGUCUGACCGCGCGCUUUUCCUUGUAUACCUUCCAUUCGUCGUGUCUUCCU